AUGAAUCACCAAUACUUAUUUCAACUGGAAAAUACCGAGUGGAUGUCCAACAAUGUUCGGGAUCGAGCCAUCAAGAAAGUGCAUGCAAUUGAUCAAAAGAUUGGCUAUCCGACGAGCAACCCUAAUGUGCUUGAUCCUGAGGCGCUGAGAAAGUACUACGAUGCAGUUGUCAUUUCUAACACGACAUUCUUCGAGAACAAGGUACAAGUCGCACACUUCGAGACACGGCAGGCCUGGAACAAGCUAGGCAAGCCUACUCGACGUGACGAAUGGGACAUGACCGUGCGCACCGUCGAUGCCUACUACAACCCGGCCGGCAACGAGAUUGUCUUCCCGGCCGGCAUCAUGCAAGCUCCAGUCUUCUACGACCCAUCCGUUUAUUAA